UUUAUGGACGUACAUUUACAAAUAAAAAAUUGAGGGGUCGCGACUCCCUCUGGUCUAAGGGACAGUCCCACCCUUGAAUAUCUGUUUUUAACCGAAAUGUUCAAUUUCAUAAAAAUAUUUUUUGUUCGGGUCUCAAUUUUUUUGUUUAAUAUAUUUAUUAGGGCGAUUAUAAUGGCAUUGCUAUGUCGCAUGCAAACGUAAAACAAACGAAAUACGUAAAAUAUAGACUCAAUUAGUUUUUGCAUAAAUAUUUUUUUAGUUAUUUUUGAAUGGCAAAUUCACUUCCGGCUGAAAAGACUAUUAGGAUGAAGUGAAAUAAUUUGGGAUCUUUAGAUAAUAAAAUUAAUUCAUAAGCUAAUUGGUUAAAUUGGAAUAAAUUGGUAUUUAAGUCUUAAUUAAACGGUAGAUAUAUAAUUUCUGAAAGAAAGAAGAACAUGGAGUGUUUGAAAUAAUUAACUAAUUAACCAUGUUAUCAUCACUAACCCGUUACACAAUUAACUUUUCACGGUUGUGGGCAGCAAUUUAUUGCAUUAAUUUGUGAGAAUUUAUCAUUUUAAGCCUAUUCAUUUUCCAUGCAAAAAACCUUCAUGCAAACAUAAAUGCUAAUAUUCCUAUAUAAACCCCUUAACUUUUCAUUAUUUCAUAUCUUCACCCAUAUUUUUCUAUCACCAAGUAAUAGUCUCUCAAAAAAUGGCUUCCAAUCUUCAGUUUACGGUUCUGAUCAUUGCUUCAUUGCUAGCUGCUACCUUGAGCAGCACGGCUAUGGCAGCGCGUCCCUUGGCUCGAGCCUCCGGCUCAGGGUCAAGCCUCAUGGCUAGGUUGAAGCUAGAUGAAGAGUCAGCAAAUUGUUGGGACUCUUUGAUUCAACUCCAAGCUUGCAGUACUGAGAUUAUUCUGUUUUUCCUCAACGGCGAAACGGAGUUAGGCCACGGUUGCUGCCACGCUAUUCGUAUCAUUAGUGAACAAUGCUGGCCUAACUUGAUUGACACGCUAGGGUUUACUACUGAAGAAGGUGACAUACUUGAAGGAUACUGCAUUAAAGAGGAGGAUGGUACUUCAACUCCGCCGCCGUCGCCGCCGUCUCCCGUGUAUGGACUGCCUAAGGUUGUUCUGGAGCAGAAUUUGGUCCCACUUCCUUGAGUAGAAUUAAGAUUUUGAUGUAAGAAAUAAAAGAAUAAUUGAAUGUUUGGCCUAUAAUGUUAUCUUAAUUACUACUACUAUAUG